GCCAUUUUGUCAGAGAGUAAUCGGAGUGCACCCUGUGAAAAUCGGUGUUGGUGUUUAUUUAUUAUCAGAACUGGGUGUUAAUAACCGUCGAAUAAUUAGUUGUUAAUUCGUACGGUAAUACCCCAAAUGGCUUGCUUGAAUACACUCAAGCAGGAGAUAAAAACUCUUGAGUCUGUCUUCCCAAAAAGUCAUGAAAGGUUUCAGAUAAUGUCCGCGAGUGUGGAUGAACUCAGCUGCAGAUUUGUCGGUAAAAAUGGAAAGAAAUAUGAAAUUCACGCCAACAUUACCGAAACUUAUCCUUCGACUCCACCAGUCUGGUUUGCAGAGUCCGAAGAAACUAGUGUCACAAAUGCCGUACAAAUAUUAAGUAACACAACGGGUCGUGACAAUCACGUUAUUAAUCAAGUAGGAAUACUAUUGAAAGAACUAUGUCGCCUUCAUUCGAUACCCGAGCCACCGGAUGUAGAGAGAUUAAGAACGGCAUUAGAUCCUCUGAGAUUAGGAGCCGCUGCAACCGCUGUUGUGGCACAACGAAUGGAAGCUGAGGAUACCGAGGAUAUUGAGGAAGACGAAGAAAGUGAGUCUGAGGAGGAUCUUCAUUUAGAUAUGGACGAGGGUGAAGCUAACAAGAAGAGUAAGGCUGACGAUAUGGAUUUAGAACAUUUAGCAACGCUAGAAAGGUUGCGGCAAAAUCAGAGGCAAGAUUAUUUAAGAGGUUCUGUAUCGGGUAGUGUGCAAGCUACUGAUAGGCUUAUGAAAGAAUUGCGUGAUAUUUACAGAAGCGACAGUUUUAAAAAAGGAAUGUAUAGCAUAGAAUUGGUGAACGACAGUUUAUAUGAGUGGAAUAUCAGGUUAAUGUGCGUUGAUCCUGAUUCACCAUUGCACAAAGAUUUGGUACUUCUUAAAGAAAAAGAAGGCAAAGACAGUAUUCUCCUUAACAUGAUGUUUAAGGAAGCGUAUCCUUUUGAACCACCAUUUGUGCGAGUAGUUCAUCCCAUAAUAUCCGGUGGUUACGUACUGGUGGGAGGAGCUAUUUGUAUGGAAUUGCUCACAAAACAAGGCUGGAGUUCUGCGUAUACAGUUGAGGCAGUGAUAAUGCAGAUAUCAGCGACCUUAGUUAAGGGAAAAGCCCGUAUACAAUUUCAGGGUGCCAGUGGAGCUGGUAAAAAUUGUGGCGGACAAGGUCAAUAUAGUCUUGCACGUGCCCAACAAUCAUUUAAAUCCUUAGUGCAGAUACACGAAAAAAAUGGCUGGUUCACACCACCAAAAGAAGACGGCUAAUAAAUUCCAUUCAAACAAAUAAAUCAGUGCCGAAAAUAAUUAACAAAAAAAAUGUCAUAUGUGAAAAUAAAAAUGAGUGCUUACAUCUGAAAACUUUAAUAUAAAAAAAGUAAACAAAAGAAAAUAAUGAUGUGUGCCCCUUAAACAAUUAAUUGUUAACGUAAACAUAAACGAUUUGAUACAACAUAAAUUACAACAUUAAUUUAAGUAAUUAUAUAAUAAGAAACAAUUAUUAAUAAUUAAUUAAUUAAUAAUUAAUCUUAUCUAUAAUACGUUUAAAUAUGAAUUGCUAAUAAGGCUGCCGCGCUAACAGUUUCAAGUGAUUCAAUGUUAAGAUUUUUUUUUUUUUAUUAAUCUCAUUAAUGUUUCGAUCGCAAAUUUUAUAUUAAUAUUAUAAUUGUUAUUAUCAUUAUUAUUAAUACCAUUAUCAUUGAAAUGUAUUUUAGUAAUGACGUUUAAUUAUAAUUUAAUUUUUUUAAGUUUUAUGUUAACCACGUAAUUAUUAAUAAGUUAAUUAUUAAUUUUGUUAUCAAAAUUUUAUGUUAACAAUCGUGCUUCCUUUUUAUUUUACUCGAUGAUAAUUAAACGAUAAAAUUUGCGAUCAAAUUUAUUAAUUUUUUUAAUAAUAAGAUUCUCAAAAUUUAAAUAAUUGACAAUUUUUUCUAUUAGUAAUUUUUAAUAACGAAAAUAAUUCGUUCGUACAAUUAUAUUUCUCAUUAAUUUAAUUAUCUGUUUAAUUUUUUUAAUUAGUUUGUAAUAAGUUAAGUUAUUAUUUUUUUUAACGGGUUUUUUUUUAUAAUUCUUUUUAAAAAGGGAUUCGCAUCGUACCAGCUUGUCUUGAUGACAGUUUUAUUUAGAGUUAACGAUGACUGAAUUAUUCCUUUAGUAUAUCAUUUUUUUUAAUAUUAUAAUUGUUAGUUCAAUUAUUAUAAUUAGUAUUGUAAGUCAGCCUUGGAAACAAACAUACAAAUUUAACCACGUGUCCAUUGUUUUAUUAGUAAAAAAUGUAGUGUACUGAAUGAGUAUACUUAAUUAAAUUUUUAAUAAUUACUUAAAAAAUGAAAAUGAUAAAAUAAUAAUUUUCGUAUCGAUAAUCUUUAUAAUUAUAUUUUUAUUUUUAUUUUAUUAUAUUAUUUUUUUACACAAAUUUGAAAUUCGUAACUGAACUCAAAUUUUUUAAUCAAUCGAACAAAUUUUCUAAGAAAAAUUACUCAGAUACGGUCAUAUAUAAUCAUGCAUUAAUAUAUGAUCAGAUAAGACCAUUUUUGUAAAAUCAUCAUAUUUAAUCAAAUAUGUUCAAAAAGAAUCAUACUUGAAAAUUUAUAUGGAUAUCUAGAAUUUAUAACAGAUACAAUAAAUCUCAUCUGAUCAUAUAUGAUCAGACACGAUUAUAUAUGUUCUUAUCUAUUUAUGUCUAGUAGAAUAUGGUCACAUAUAUCUCUUCAUAUAUGAUCAGAUAAGGAAAUGUUUCGUAUUAAAAAAUUCUCAAUUUUCAUAUGUUUACAAAUAUGAUUCCGUUUAAUCAUAUAAGAUUAUAUAUGGUCAUAUAUGAUAUCAUACGAGACCAAGUAGAAUCAUAUCCAUAAAUAUGUGAACAUUUGAAAGGUAAAAAAAAUUUCUAUAUGAUCAUAUAUGUCUCAACAUAAUUAUGUAUGCCAAUAUGUUCAUAUAUACUUAUAUACGACCACACAUGUGCAUAUAUGAUUAUGCAUACUAUGUGGAUAUAUAUGAACAAAUAUGGUCACAUAAUCAGAUAUUUUCUUACAUGAUCCUAUGUGGUCAAUGAAGUAAUUUUUUUAAUUUGAUCAGAUUUAAGUAUUUAUAUAAGAUGAUAUAUGAUCAUAUCUGACUAUUGUUCACCAGGUCAAUUACCAACUCACGAUAAUUUUUUUUACAUUCUAAUAUUUUUGUAAAAGUGUUUAAUUUGUAUAAUUAAAUUAUGAAACAGGAACAAAAAAUAACCGAAUUUGCACGAAAAUAUCGUUUAUAUUUACAAUAACAAAAUAUAAUUAUGUUAUUUUUUUUAAUUAAUUGAUUAAUUA